AAAUACACGUAAGGUAACAGUCCCAAACGUGAAUUGAAUUGAAUGUAAACUCUCUUUCAUACUUUUUCUAUUGACACCAAAAUCACACACUUUUCAACACAAUGGCAGCUUGUGUAUUCACCGUCUCACAAGAUGGAACCGGAGAUUUUCAAACGGUGCAGGAAGCAAUCGACGCUGUGCCGUUUGGCAACAAUCGUCGGACUGUGAUCCGGGUUUCUCCGGGAAUCUACCGGCAGCCGGUGUACGUUCCCAAAACUAAGAAUUGCAUCACUCUUGCUGGUCUGUGUCCUGAGGAUACUGUGCUUACUUGGAAUAACACUGCCAAUGGAAUCGAUCACCAUCAACCAGCUAGGGUGAUUGGAACUGGGACAUUUGGUUGUGGAAGUACCAUUGUGGAAGGAGAGGAUUUCAUUGCUGAGAAUGUCACUUUUGAGAAUUCUUCCCCUCAGGGUUCAGGACAGGCAGUGGCAAUUAGAGUAACGGCAGAUCGUUGUGCUUUCUACAAUUGCAGGUUCCUUGGAUGGCAGGACACGCUGUACUUACAUUAUGGUAAACAAUAUCUGAAAGAUUGCUAUAUUGAAGGAAGCGUGGACUUUAUCUUUGGCAAUAGCACUGCUCUUUUGGAGCACUGUCACAUCCAUUGCAAGUCUGAAGGGUUCAUAACUGCACAGGGUAGAAAAUCAUCGCAGGAAUCAACAGGUUAUGUAUUCUUGAGAUGUGUUAUCACAGGUAAUGGAGGAAAUUCAUACGCGUAUCUUGGACGACCGUGGGGACCUUUUGGAAGGGUGGUUUUUGCAUACACUUAUAUGGAUCCAUGUAUAAGACAAGUUGGCUGGGAUAAUUGGGGGAAAGUAGAGAAUGAGAGGAGUGCUUGCUUUUAUGAAUACAGGUGUUUUGGACCUGGUUGCUGUCCAACGAAUCGAGUAACAUGGUGUAGAGAAUUGGUGGAUGAAGAAGCGUUGCAGUUCAUCAUGCAUCCUUUCAUUGAUCCUGAACCAGAUAGACCAUGGCUUGCUCAAAGAAUGGGAUUGAGGAUUCCAUAUUCUGCUUAGAAAAUACUCUUGACAGACGAGAAUAUUCCAUACAGUUAGUCACGCGAGGAUGGUGUGUAUGAGAUUUCUUUAGAUACUAUUUUCUUCAUCUGUUUGUGAUCGAUUGUCUAGAGUCAGUACUUAGACGAAAAAUAAUUUCAUAAUUUUCCACUUUCUGUAUCAAUUAGAUGUAGAAGGACUAUUUUUGUUUAAAUUGAGUUUUGCAUAAAUGAAUAGAUAUACCUUUGCUUAAAAAUUACCCUCCAACAUUGUGUGGCAGUGUUGCAAAGAUGAGCUAUAUAUUAAAAAAAAUUCACUGUAAAUAUAAAAAAGUUCUGUCGGAUGAGCUAUAUAUAUUUUGAUUCGUUGCUUUUGUUCUA